CUCGCCUUGAAGUCGCGUCCUUCUAUCAAGUCAAUUGAAAUGCCUGCAGGCGAAGAGGAGGACGGUUCGUGUCCCAGCCGGUCAUCACAGCCUGCACUUCACUUCUGAAAACUUUUUUUUUUUUCCUCUUUGUUUUUUUUUUCUUUUUCUUUUUUUUCUCUCUCUCUUUUGCCGCAUCAGUGAGUUUUUCUUUUUGUGGUGUGAGGAAUCCCUGCGCCAUCAUGAAUCCGCCCUGUGGAAGAUGCAAGAAACCAGUUUACCCCACAGAAAAAAUAAAUUGCCUUGAUAAGUAUUGGCACAAAGGUUGUUUCAGCUGCGAGGUAUGCAAGAUGGCCCUGAGCAUGACCAACUACAAAGGAUUUGAGAAGAAACCUUACUGCAGUAUGCAUUACCCCAAAACCUCCUUCACUAUAGUGACCGACACCCCCGAGAAUCUGCGUCUCAAGCAACAGAGCAUGCUCAAUAGCCAGGCCCUUUACAAGGAGGACUUUGAAAAGAACAAGGGGAAAGGUUUCAGCGUGGUGGUCGACACUCCGGAGAUGCAGAGAGUGAAGAAGACGCAAGACCAGAUCAGCAACAUAAAGUACCACGAGGAAUUUGAGAAGAGCAAAAUCCGAAGCGACGCACCCCCCCCUGAAAACAGACAAGACUAUGAAGAGCAACCACCCAACCCUGAGAGAUUCAGCCAGCCAGCCGGACAAAUGCGCCCUGCUGCUGUAGCACCACCUUGUGGGGGGAAGCGCUACCAGGCCAUGUACAGCUACACGGCGGCAGAAGCAGAUGAGGUUUCUCUCCUGGAAGGGGAUGUGAUCUUGGACGUGGAGCCGAUAGACGAGGGAUGGGUGUUCGGAUGCAACCAGCGCACGGGGCAGCGGGGCAUGCUCCCCGCCAACUACGUCCGACCUGUGUGACAGACGUUUGGCAGUCCAUUUCCAGCAUGAGCUACCCUGUCCAUCUGCUGUCACCACCUAGAAUCAGGCCUCUUCUCUAAAUCACCUUUUGCAGAUGAAAAAAAAAAGGCUAUUAAAAAAAAA